AUGUUGCGAAGCCGAGCUUCUGCACCGUUUCUCUGCCGCUGCCUGCCCUCUCUGUGGUCGCGCGCAAGGACCGGCAUCGACGGGAAGGGGGGCGUCUGGGGAUUAUCUGGCCCCAACAUCGGGUCCCUCCCGCCGAGUGGCGAGUCGUUCCAAAAAGGCUGCAAGGCGCCAUCCAUGCCCCUCUCGUCCGCCAGCGUCGACAGAGAUCUCGCCACGAAGUUUUUCAAUCCCGUGGUCGAUGCGGACACCCAAGUGUGGCUGAUCCUGCUGAACUUCGACCUGCCGUGCUUCAUUUUGGAGCUGUGGCAACGAGCCAGUCUCCGUGUCUGCGCUGAUGGGGGCGCAAAUAGAUGGUUUGAUGCCAUCCCCAAAGUGUGCAGAAACGAGUCAGCGGACACUGCACAUAUACUGCGAAACGAGCUGCUGCCAGACGUCAUCCGUGGUGACCUGGAUUCUCUGAGGGACGAUGUCCGACAAUUUUACGAGGCAAAGGGAGUCCAAGUGGAUGAUCUGUCAGCAGAUCAGGACACGACAGACUUCAUGAAAUCUGUGAACUACAUGGAAGCGAAACUGCAGGAUAGAGGGAAGCAGGAUGAUGUCAUCAUUGUUGUUGCAGGCGCUCUUGGCGGCCGUCUGGACCACACCCUGUCCAGCCUGCACACUCUCCAUCUUUUCCCGCACCUGCCGCUGGUCCUGCUAGGAGAGGGCAACCUCGCGCGGCUGGUGCCUGCAGGCACCAGUUGCAUCCAUGUGGACCGCCGGGUGGAAGGGCCCCAGUGCGCACUGGUGCCCCUCAACGGGUCCGUCGUCGGGACGUCCAAGGGGCUCAAGUGGGAACUGGAGGGCACGCAGCUGGAUUUUCAGGGGCUCAUCAGCACGUCCAAUCAGUUGAAAGGAGAGGAGGUACUGGUGGAGGUCGAUGGCCCAGUGGUGUGGAUGACGGAGCUCAGGGAGGGGGAUGCGCUGCGGGCCAUGCAGCAGUGA